CGUACGAUACCGUUCACAGAAAUACCCAGUAUGAAGGAUCAUCGAGGAGGAUGGCUGCGCGCCGUGCUACCUCUGAUAACGUUCCUCUUGCAUCAGACAGAAUGCGCGGCCAAGAACGGAAGAUCUGUAGUGGAGCACCAUCCGUCCUCUUACUGGGAACAACCCUUUAGUCAGCCUUACUUCGACAACACGACAAAGAGGGAGACCACAACCACCGUCGGGCAAUCCGCUUACCUGCACUGCAGGGUGCGCAAUCUUGGCGAUCGUGCGGUCUCAUGGAUCAGGCAGCGAGAUUUGCAUAUCCUCACUGUCGGCAUCCUAACAUACACGAACGAUCAACGUUUUCAAUCGUUGCACAGCGAUGGCAGCGAUGAGUGGACCCUGAAAAUCAGUUCACCGCAAGUGCGAGAUAGCGGAAUCUAUGAAUGCCAGGUCUCGACGGAGCCCAAAAUUAGUCAAGCUUUCAAUUUGAGUGUAGUAGUCUCGAAGGCAAAGAUCAACGGCAAUUCGGAGCUCUACAUCAAAAGCGGAAGCGACAUCAAUCUGACCUGUAUCGUACUGCAAACGCCGGAACCACCAUCCUUCAUCUAUUGGUACAAAGGCGAUAACGUGAUAAACUACAGCCAACGCGGGGGCAUUAGUGUUGUGACAGAAAAGCAAACGCGAACGUCACGUCUUCUGAUCAGCAGAGCGCUGCCAGCCGAUUCCGGCAAUUACACCUGUGCGCCAUCCACAGCCGAGUCAGCUAGCGUUCUUGUCCACGUGCUCAAUGGUGGGUGA